CCCCCUAAAGCCUCGCAGUCUCCAACUGAACGGCCGCAGAGACCAGAGAGAUCCCCAAUUCCGCACCACAGACCCUCGUAUUCGCGCGGGCUCCCAGAGGAUUCGUGCAGCAUACGCUUCGAAUCGGCCGAUGGAGGCAGCAGCUGCGGCGCUCAGGUCGCCCACCGCCGCCGCCGCCCCGUCGCGGCGGCUGGCGACCCCGGGCGCGAGCUCGCUCCCCUUCGACCGGAGGCGCAGCUUCGCCUUCGGCUCCAUCAAGGGUCUCGGUCGGCAACAGCUUACCUCUAGGAGUAGGAGGCGAAGCAGUGUGGUCAGGGCCUCGUGGUCCCCCUCGGAGUCGCUGCCGCCGUCCUCGUCCAUCGCGCCGCUCCGGAUGGAGUCGCCAGCGGGGCAGCUCCUCUCACAGAUCCUGCACACGCACCCGCACCUGCUACCUGCCGCCGCCGAGCAGCAGCUCGAGCAGCUCCAGACCGACCGCGAGGCCGAGAAAGAGAAGGAGAGUGGCGGCGACCUCGUGCUGUACAGGCGGAUAGCUGAGGUAAAGGAAAAGGAGCGAAGAAGGACCUUGGAGGAGAUACUCUACUCUCUGGUUGUUCAGAAGUUUGUUGAAGCUGGUGUUUCUUUGGUUCCGGCGCUCUCUCACUCCAUUGAUUCUUCUGGACGAGUUGAUCAGUGGGCAGAAAAUGUGGACAAGAAGCUCGAGCAUUUGCAUUCACAUGAGGCCUAUGAAAUGAUCGAGAACCACCUCACUCUCAUUCUGGGGCAGCGUCAAGCUGAUGCCACCAUUGCAGCCAUAAGUAAGCUCCGAGUCGGCCAAGUCUAUGCUGCAUCUGUGAUGUAUGGUUAUUUCCUCAAGAGAGUCGAUCAGAGGUUUCAGCUCGAGAAGUCGAUGAAGAGCCUGCCUUGGGGAUCAGAAAAGGAAGAUGAUGCACUGAAUCAAGUUAUGACGACUGAUUCAAUGCCCUCAGCUCAGGCUUCUAGCACUCACCCAGAAAUGGCCUCAUGGACGUCCUCUAACUUCAACGCAGGGGGGCCUAGCCAAGCUGUCAAGCCAUGCCGCCUUAGAUCAUAUGUCAUGUCUUUUGAUUCAGAAACAUUACAGAGGUACGCCACAAUUAGAUCAAAGGAGGCCUUUGGCAUUAUUGAGAAGCACACGGAGGCAUUGUUUGGGAAACCAGAGAUUGUGAUCACACCUGAUGGCACAGUUGAUUCUUCUAAGGAUGAGCAUAUUAGGAUUAGUUUCGCAGGGCUGAGAUGGUUGAUCCUGGAGGCUGUUACAUUCGGGUCCUUCCUUUGGGAUGUUGAGAGCUUUGUGGAUUCCAGGUACCACUUUGUGACCAACUAGCUGGGUCCAAAGAUUGUCAUCCCAGAAACUGAAGAUUCAUGCUAUGUGUAUCUAGUCUGAUGUCCAUGGGCUUCAGUAAAGACUGCUGUACAAUGUUGUCACUAUUACCACACCUCGCGCUGUAUGCAGAGCUACCCAUGAUUCUGCCUGGUUUUCUAGCACCACGGUAUUGUAACGAUCAGAUAUCAUUAGCCUGAUAUUUAACCAUUAGGUUUUGCUAGCAUUUGUGCUACCCGGGGUGCUCAGUGUUGUAUCUUAUGACUGAUUCUCCUUUGGAUAUUGUUAGAGCUCUUUAACCUA